AUGAUAACAGAUGUGGAGUUACAACCUACAACAAUUAGUAGUAAUAACAAGGAUGUAUUAAAUUCAAGUGUUGACAACAACAAGACAUCACCGACACAUGUGGACGAGAAGGACACUACAGAGGAGGACUCUGGCACAACCACACCAGAUGAUCUCGAUGCAUUGUCAAUGAAGAAGUCACUUAAUAACAUUGAGGUGUCAAUGUUUAGUCCUUCUUCUUCUUCGUCUGGCAAGUCAACAUUGGGCGAGGUGCGCGUGUUACUGCCUCCAUCACCUGGUUCGAUGGCUGGUGCUGACAUGAUCCCAAUCCCACCCAACUCUACUGCUGCGACGCCAUUCGUCACGACCUCGACCUCGACCACAACAACCUCUACCACAUUGAUCACCACAACAACGACCACGACCACAACAACAACAUUACCCAAUCCACUCAAGGCUACAAUCAACGAUGACAGCUUAACAGACACAAUGUCCAAGAACAAGCUCAAUCAGAGUCAGAGGAUCAAGUUGAAGAAGGGUUCAGAGAAACGUCUCUCACAUCGACCAAAGAGCAUUCGCUUUGAACACAAGAAGAAUGUAUUGGGCGAGAUUAUAUACAAGGGACAUCCAUCGUGGGCACUGAUGCUGAACAUCCAGACUGGUAUUAGGAAUGCUGUGGGCAAGAGCAUGAGAAGUGGCGCCGGAUCGAUGCCCCAACAGUUCCACACAUUGCGCACACCAAAGGACUUUAGGAACAUGUCCGAGUUCUACCAGUCGCCCAAGGAGCUGCGCUUCGACUCGGCCGGCUCGCAUCUGACCGAGGCGCACUCUACCGGCGCCUUCAAGUUCAAGGACUACUGUCCAAACGCAUUCCGCUAUCUGCGCUACCAGUUUGGCAUUGAUCAGGCUGACUUCCUCGUGUCACUGUGCAACACGCUCAAGAAUGGUGAGAAUGCCUUGCGAGAGUUGCCCACGCCUGGCAAGAGUGGCUCACUCUUCUUCUUCUCGCACGACAUGAAAUACAUCCUCAAGACCAUUCCCAAGGAUGAGGCCAAACUCUUGCGUGAACUACUGCCCGCCUACACUGAUCAUCUCACCAGCAAUCCAAACACAUUGUUGCCAAAGUUCUUUGGACUGUUCAGAGUGAAGCCACAUGGUGGACGUCAAGUGCGCUUCGUGGUGAUGGGCAACAACUUCCCAACGCGAAAGAAGAUCCAUGAGAGAUAUGACUUGAAGGGUUCGAUCGUUGGCAGGGAGGCGUCAGAGAAUGAGAAGAAGUCCGAUUCCGUCACAUUCAAGGACAUUGACUUUAGGAACAGGAACAAGAAGAUAUGCAUCGGUCCUCAAAAGUCUGCCAUCUUCCUGGAUCAGAUCAAGAAGGAUUGUGAGCUGUUACAAUCACUGAAUAUUAUGGACUACUCAUUGCUGAUUGGUAUCCAUUUUGCGAGCAGAGACCCACCAUCUCCAUCCCUGAUGCGCCACACAUUGGACGACAGCCAAGAUGACUCGCCAGUGCUGAGCAGAUCAAUGAAGAGUUUCGAAGAGCCAAAUGAAGUAUAUACAUCUGCAUUCCAACAGGAUGAGGGAGGAAUUAAGGGAGUGGAUGAGGAUGGCCAGGCCAAUGAUGAGCAUUACUUUAUGGGUAUAAUCGAUAUAUUAAUGUUGUACAGUUUGAGGAAGAAGUUGGAGCACACCUACAAGACAUUGAAGUUUGGAUCAGGGUCCAAGCAUGAGAUAUCCUCUGUUUCGCCAGCAGAGUAUUCCAAACGUUUCCAAGACUUCCUUUCAACAAUAAUUGUAUAA